AUGGUGAAUAUUAUUCUACAGGUAAGUGCUAUCACGUACAUAUUUUUAUUCUAAUACAAAACUAAUAUAACGUAAAAACAGUCCGAUAUUCUGUAUAGAAUAUGUUCAGGAAUUACCUGUAAAAUUAUUAAGCAAUUUGAAUAGGUACACAUUAAUCAUGACAUUAAUAUGAAGGCAGUUAUAAUAUAUAUGAGAAAACUUGUACCGAUUAUUUUAAUUAAUAUACUACUAGGUUUUGUGGAGAUCCGGUACCAGUACGAUUUUUUGCUCAAAAACAUGCCUUACGGCGUAUAUUAUCAUGGCUCGUAGUCUGAUUUUGAUGAUUAUUUUUUUGUUGGAAAUUAGAUAAACUUCUAUAGAUCACAUUGAACUCUGUUUGUCAUUAUAUUUAUUUUAUACUUUAUACCCUGUUUUAAAAUAGGUUAAUUUUUUAAUUUUUUUUUUUAACAACUUUUUAUAUAAGUAUUUGAAAUGAAAUGAAAAAUCAGAGACUAAUGUGGUAUGUAGAAUGUUUAUGCUGAUCAAUUGAAUACGGAUAUUUUAGGAAAAUAUAUUGUUGACAAUUAGCUAUCCCGAUACUCGCGAAGUCAUUUGGUUCCGUAAAAUCUGCCGUACCCGUUCCAAAAAAGUGUGUAUUUUCGUGUUGGGCAGUUAUUAGUGGAAAAGUCUUGUUUUCAAGGUAGAUAAUUAAAAUUAUAAAUUCAUUUUAAAGUUGUAUCAAUGGGAGAACAUUUUUCAAACCGGUAUCGGCUAUUAAACUUAAUGUUUUUGUUGCAUACAUAUGUAAUUCCCAACUAAUAUAGAUGGGGUAAAAUGAAAAAACCUCUGUGCAAUUCCCAGUUAUCGAUAAUUAAUGUAAAAAUAAAAGAUUGAUUUGGUUUUAUCCUUACCUAUUGGGUAUUAUUGUAACUUGAGUUUAAUUGUCUUGAAGUUUUGAUCGAUACAAAAGUGUAUGACUCUUUGACUCGCAUAUAUUUUAAUUUUACUGUUAAUAGUGAUAAUAAUAAUAAUUUUAAUAUUUUGAAAUUAUUUUUAUGAUUAGGUUUCGUUGAUCACAUUAACAACUGUAGUGGCUUUAACUCUUGCCGAACACGAUGCCACAUCUUACGCAUUUUACCAACCAAAAUUUCAUAAUGUACAUCAUGACGGACAUGAACAUUACGUAAGUAUAAUAACGAAACUUAAAUCGGAGAAGGGAUCAGAAUACUUUCUCGGUACCUAUACAGCUCUAUCUGUCGUUAGGGUGACAGACGGGGUUGCGUCAGGUCGACAGCUGGUAUAAAAUUCUGUCCAAUAGUACGAGGAGAUUUAAACAAGACGGGAAGAUUAUCCCGCUUUAGAUGUGUGCGGGGACAAUAUGUUAGGGGAAUUUACUUAACUAGAGAUAGAGAAAGUUCUAUAGUAUACAAAAUAAGAGAAAAUCGAAUAAGAUGAUUAGAAUAUAUUCAAAGAAAAUGAGAAUCAAACAAUUAAAAAAAAAAAAAAUAUAUUGCAAUUAGGCGUAGGAGGAAAAAGGGAGAGAAAGAUCGAAAAAGAGGUGGUUGGAUGCGUUUGAGGAUAUUACGAGAACGGUGUAUGUGGAGUAUGUGUAAGAACGAUGCAGCGUACUGGGUCAAUUAAAGUUUAGGAAGGGUGUAGAAGGCGAAGAAGAAGAAUAAUAAUAACAAUUCUGGUUUAUUAUUUGUUUAAAGAAUAUUUAAUGCACUGUGAAAUGGUAGUUCUCUGGAAUCCUCAAAUGAUACAUAAUCUAUUGAAAAAGAAAACCAUAUAUUUUUAUAUUAUCAUAUUAUAGGUCGUAAAGUUAAUAUUGAUUUUUCUUGAAUAUUCUGAGAAAGUUUUUACGUGUCAUGGAAGUCUGGUAUCUGGAUCUUAAUUCCUGUCCUAAGCCAGAUAUUUACCUUAAUACCAAUAGGGAUCGGAACUUAUUGCAUAUAAAAUAAAAUAAAAAAUAAUAAUAAUUAUAAAAAUAAAAAAAGUAUGGAUGGAAAAUUGAUAACACACAAUUUUACAAUUUUUUCUUUAUUUAUUUAUUUAUUUAACGGACAUUAGAUCGAUAUACAUCGAGGUAUAUAUAAUUUGAUAACAGUGUGGAUUAUAAAUACAAUAUAGAAUAAGUAUAUUAGGUAUCAUAGAUGUAAAAACAUAAACAAUAUAAAGAUGAAAGGUGAAAUACAAAUUAAUACAUAGUAAAAUAUAUCUAAAUGAUUUACAGAAUUCCUAGUAGAUAGCAAGAUAUUUACAAGUGUACACAACAUAUAGUUUUGAGAAUAAUGUUUUAUAUAAAUUAAUUCUAUACUACAAAUGUUAUGUUUAUUUACUUUAGAGUAAUAUUGCUUAGAAGGAAGGUUUCGUCUAUUUUAUUAUUAAGUUGUUUGAAUAAGAAAGUUAUAUAAAAGGUAUAAAAUAAAAGAGCGGAUACUGGGGAUGGGAAUAGACACUGUUAUAGGUGAGAAGUUAUGGGAAAGUAAACUACAUGUGGUUAACGAUAAACUAUUGACGAAAGACGAUUCCGAAGGCAGUUCGGUAAUACAUAAUUUUUGCGAUUUUCGUUUAAAUUUGAUUUCAAAAUGCUUAUAUAAAAAUAAAGCCGUCUGAUGAUUUUAGAAAUUUUACUGCGUCUAGGUUACUCCAAUAUAAGUAAUAUUAUCAAGCUUAAAGCCUCUACGUUUAUUUAUAACCGAAAUACACAAAAAAACUCUCAAAAUUUAAAAUUCCCUAAAAGCUUAAUAGUGGCUAAAAUGUUUUGGCAAUAACACCGUUAGAAAGUAAAUCAAAAGUCAACAAAAAAGAUAUCUUGUGAUUUUUCGAAUUAAUUAUUUUUCUGGUACAAAAUGUCUUCCGUGUUUUCAUAAAAUAUUGUAAUCGUGAAAUUGUACGUUUUCCUACGUUUUUUCUCGCUUCAAAGAUUUUAUUUAAAAAAUGGAGUCGAAAAUCAUAUAAUGGCCAUAUAGACAACUUAAAAUUUCAGAAAAGUUGCUACACGUAUAAAUCGGAGCAAGUUAACUAAGAAAAAACGUGUCCACAGACUAGAACAAAGAAAAAAAUAAAUAUCUUAAUAAAACCAUUAGCUCUCUCACUACGGACUUAUUGCACUCAAUUUUUUUUUUUCUGGACCACUAAGUUCUACUUAUAUUGAAUCUCUAGUUAGUUUUUUAAACACUUCUGUUUAAUCAAACAGUUCUAUCUAUAUAGUACUUAUUUAUACAAAUUUACCAAACAAAAGAUUCCUAUAAAUAGCUACACGAUUUCCAAAAAAAUAUUGAUAAUUUUACCACGUCUAUAAAUUCAAAGACACAUUUUUUAUUAUAUUUCAAGUUUCAUCAAAUAUUUUUAACUGAAUUUCGUAGACAUUUCAGUUUUUAUCAGGUUUUCUACAAUUUCUUAAUUAUUAAGAAAAAUACAAGGAAAAUCAAAUAACUUUCGUUAUCAACAACUAGAUGUAAAAUUUAAUAAAAAAGAUCUUUUGUUAUUUGAUUAGGGCGAUAUUUCUAGUAGAAAAACCGUAAAAAUUAAGAAUAAUGAAAUCUUAAUGCAUUACAUUUGUCAGUUUUUAUUUUACGUAUUUUUCCGUGUUUUCUCUAUUAUUAUGAAAACCCCACAGGCAAAAAAGUAUGAUCUCUCUAUUGCACAACUAAAUCCAAAAUGCAAUAAAUAAGGUCCUCGUCAUUUUUCGAUGGAAGCAAGUUUUCUGGUCUAAAAUUUGCUUAUAGGCACAAAAAAUAAAAAAAAAAUAUAAUAUUAAACACAUUGUAGAGUUUCCAAUAAAUUCCUUGCUCCAUUCCAAAACUGAAACAAGGAAAAUAUCUUUAUAUGUAUAUACUUAUACAUUUUACCAAUUUUAUAUAAUUUAUCUUUUCAAUCGCGGAUAAAGAUAACUGAUUUAUUUAUCAUAUUUAUUUUAAUCACACACUCCAACAUUCUCGGUUUAUCGCAGUUUUCUCUCUAAUAUUAUCUCCUCUGUACUAACGAUUGUAUUAUGGAUACAUACAAACUCUUAGGUGACGUAUUAAUUGUUUUGUCGGUGACACCCGCGCAAAUGGUCAACGCACACUGCAUCUAUGUCAACAACAUAAUAUUAGUACCAACCUAUAUUUAUAUAGUUGCUAAUUAUCAACCGUUGGUAUCCACAGGCACCACCACAUUAUACAUACAAAUACGGCGUCCAAGACCCGCACACGGGUGACCACCAUCAUCAGUCAGAACACAGGGAUGGCGACGUUGUUCACGGUGAAUAUAGCCUUGUCGAACCGGACGGCCGCAUCAGGAAAGUGACGUACACAGCUGAUAAGCAUAACGGGUUCAACGCACACAUCCAUCAUGUCCACCAUGCUCACCAUCCUCAACACUAUGGACACCAAGCAGAAGAAUAA